AGACAAUACUACAAAAUGGGCGACGACGACGAUAAGAAGAAGAAAAAAAAGAAAAAGUCGGAGGAAGGCGACGAUGGUGGCAAUAAUAAGUCAUCAACGGACACCGAUGCGACCGAGAGCAAGUUAAGAUCUGUGGAUGUUUUUUAAGCAUGCUUCUCCCGAUCAUGUAUUUAUAUAUAUUCUCAAAGCUUCGUUGAAUGACUAAAUUUCCUGUUCCCGUAUAGAAUGAAUCUGGCAAAUAAAGAUAGAGUGACCACUAGAAGGGUAAGCUAAGUCCAAGGGGAAGACCACGACCAGGGAGAGAUAAUUCACUUGGAUUAGAUCGUUUUUUUUUGAAGAUCUUCUUCUAGUGAUGCAUAUCCCAACUGCAUCGAUCUUUUUUCUAAACAAGAGUAACAAGAAAGAGAAAAAGAAAAAGCGUGACUCGACAGCAGACGAUGGGGAGGAACAAGACAACGAGGAUGUAAGUCCAAGCAAAAGCAAGAAAAGCAAGAAUUAUGACAAACGGAAGGCAGGGUCUACUUGAAGUAUGAUUCAGCAUUCGUUGUUGUAAAUACUUGUAUCUUCACAGGCUUCUACUGUAGUUCAUUCGUUCGCGAAUAUCAUUUUCGAACUCUUGAAAAGAUAGAACGUAAUUCAUGUAGGUGUAGCUUGUGAUCCACUCCACUGUCUUUCUCUCUCCCCCACCCCCCCCCCCCCCCCCCCCCCCCCCCACCCGCCACUUGCACUUUCUAAGCCCCAAAAGACAGCCUGACCGCAGACCAAGCUGGUGGUGACGAGGACGACGACAAAAAAAAGAAGAAGAAAAAGACUUCAAAAGAGAAAAAGAUUGAAAUUGAGGGUGCCCAUGCGAUGGCUGAGGAGGAUGAGAGCGGGACUGCGAAAGACGGAGAGGACGAGGGAAAAGAGAACAAUGCUAGUGAGCCUACGGAAGCAGUUGCUGAGGAAAAGACAGAAGGCGGGGAAGAUGAUCAAGCAAAAAUUAUGAAGAGAGAGGUGCGACAAGAUAUUUUUCGUUCUUGGAAUUCAGUCUCUGCUCUAAACUGAUGAUUCGAUGGAAAGAACAAUGAGAUGUAGUCCUAGACAAUACUCACAUGUAGAUAGUAGUAGUUGAUUCAUCAACAUUUGCAAGUUUGAUUCUUGCCUCUAAUGCUUGCAGUGACGAAAAAGCCGCUAGCGGUGAAGAAAACGCUGCGAGUGAAAAAGAAGCUGCAAGUGGGGACGAAAAGGACAAAGGCAGUGGCGAUGAAAAAGCCAAAGAGCUUAGUGGAGAUGAAGCAGCAAAAGCUAGUGACAACGAGGAGAAGCCUGCAGAUGAAGGAGUUGGUGGUGAUGCAGAGCCGCAGGAAGAUCAAGAGGAAAAGAAGAAAAGUGCUAGUGGUGAUGAGAAAGAGGGUUCGGGAACUGAGAAAGUGAAAGAGGUGGGUGCAGAAAUACAUGGCGAUGAUCCGAAGUCACUAGAUGACGAGCCAUGUGGGGAGUCAAAGCCAAAAUCCGAGGACCUAGCCAAAGACUCGGGCGCACUCUCAGACGAUAACAAAGGUGGAAACGUUUCGUCUUAAGGCUUUUUGUGGAGGGACUUCUAGACUCUGAAUUACCUCUAACUACCACUUCUAGAUCUAGAUUCUGAGUUACCUUCUAGGCCCCUUUGGAACAGAAAUAAAAUCUUCGCUAGACUCUCUGAAUUACUUAGCUUCUAAUUCCUCUUAAACGCAACGCGUCUUAAUGAACCGGAAGUCCAAGCACGAGACCAAUGGGGGAAUUUGAUCCAGGACGCACCUGAGCCGCCGAUUGCCAGCUUUUCGCCGCGUUCGCCAAAGCCGACCGCUGUCGAAAAAGGAAGCCCAGUUCGCGGUGGUUUAUGGCACAAGAAGAUCAGGGAGAUGAGAAGUAGACAUGGUACUGAGAGGUAGUUUUGAUACCACCGCAUUGCAUCACUACUCUGACUUUCAGUGGCGGGAUAAUUGAUGUGGUCUUUUACCAUCUUAUUGUAAUUGUAGAUUCCUUUCAUUUCGCAGCUCAGGCGAAGGACCGGGCAGUUCCGGACGCUACCCGCGAGACCCGAAGUUGAGGCUUGACUAUGUAUCGAUAGAUCUAAGAAAAGCGGGUAGAACUCGUCAGGGAAAUCUUAGGCAUCUUGCCGAAUCGAUUCAAAUCAUCAGAUCUAAGAAAUUAGGUUCAAUCAUGCUUUGUUCUAGCUCCUCAAGUCAAUGCACUAUGUUCUAGAGAUCAGGAAGGACUUAGACGGACCUCUCUAGAACUCCGCUUACAACAAGCGUCGCAGCUACACAGCAGAGAAGUGAAAUGACAGUCGAUCAUCAUCCUAAUGGAUCAAGCUCUAACUCAAGAAGGCGCCAAAGACUAUCGCAGUCGUGUAGAGGAGCUGCAAGGUCUCCAGGGCAAGCAGCUCGUGCGCGAGAACACCGUGACAGGCGACCCUGAAGUAGAACGCUUCCUGGAAGGCGUUGCAGCUGAGAUUCAAGUCAAUAGCAAGUUAUGGUGAAGAGGAAGUUGGAGUUUCCAAUGAGUCUACAUGUCUAAUGUUGCCGACAUCGUGACGACGUUUGCUUGCCACGUUCAGCUUCAUUGGUAGCGUGAUAACGAGACACAACCUUCCUAAUAGGCACUCCAUGAUGUUCUCUUUCAUCAUCAUCCAUCAACUUCCAUGACAUCAUCACAAGCGCCUACGCCCGAGUCCUCUCAAACGCAAUAUGCAACAAGACCCAAAUCAAGCCCUUCUAACCAUAGGAUCGCACCAAGGCAAUGCUUCGAGUUUGCAGCAGAUGGCAGGAGGCGUCAACCCUCUGUUUCCAGAAUUGUCCAUGCAUGCAGCGAGCUUGGUUGCGAAAGGUCAGAUGCUUAGCGGUGGAGUUAAGGCUUUGGAUCGCUACAACUUCUUGAAUGUACCAACGUCGAAACCAACUGACCCUCGUCUGGUGUGUCUCUUUAUUCGACGUGCGCCCUGUCGUUUUCUUUGUGAAAUUUUCUAACAGUGCCUAAGUAAUCCAAAUAUGAAAUGUUUUUUCAAUCAUCUGUAUAAUCUUCGAUCCAUAAUUUCUACCUUGGCGGGUCUCUCAUGUGUAAUGGUAUCAUCGUCUAACGCGGCCCCACCAUCCCAACAAGGACUCCCGUUCGCGGACAUCGACGUGGCAGUCCCGAAGAGUCCUCGAGGGUACACGGACGUGCAACCGCGUGUCUAUGAUUGCGACUACUCACCGCAGAAGCGAGAAGCUGCGAAAUUACACUGGAGUGAGGAGUUCGUCAAUUAAGACUUCCGGAAAUUCAUCUUGAAAGGGAUCUUUGGUACACUCUCAAGGGGAAAAAAGGUCAAGGAUGCACUUCGGGGUGAAUAUUUGGAAGGGCUAAGUCAAGGAUUUGCGUCGCUCAGCACAAAACGGAGAGGACUUGCUCAGAGGAUUGCAUAAUUAUGGUUGGAAGGUCUACUAAUGUUGUGGGGUGAUCAUAUGCUGUCGGAAUCAGUUCGAUGAUAUCGGGUUUUGUUCGUACUUCUACUUUCAAUCCUCGUCUGUUGUCAACACAGUACUAAGAUUGUCGUACCUGCACCUGAACCUAGUUUAAGGUCAACAUUUAGUGUCCAUCUUUCUCGGCGUCUUGGUACCCUUUUCCCUUGUAUUCUCAUGAAAUACAACAAGGUGCAAGGGGUCAACUCUAACCCGAGCCAGGUCUCCAACCAGGACAGAGUGUGGACGGCAGUUUUCUUUCUGGUUCUGCACUAGCGCCAAACCAGAUGCCGCAGCAGCAGGUUGCGGGAAAUCAGCUUAAGGCUGCUGUCGUAUUGAGAACAAACUAUUCUUGAGAUGCUAAUUUUGGAUCAAGUCGUGUCCCUUCUUGACUGUGUGGCCCAUCUCCAAAUUCUUCCGCAACAAAUCUAUCACUUCAACGCGACAAUGACGAGACAGCAGCUCCGCUCUUCAUUCCUUCCUUGCUCUAACAGCCCUCCAAGCAGUCAGUUGCACCCUAUGCCACGGGAAACGAACUUGCCUGCGCCAACGAAGUACAUCCUGAACCCGGCUUUUCUGCCUUUGGGAGAGUUUAUUGAGAACACUAUCAAGCAGUUUAGGCAGUGGUUGCGACUGAAUAACCAGAAUCUGACGUUGGGCGAAGAGAAGAUCGUCUCGAGCAUCGUGAAGGGACUUUUAUGAACCGAAGCGAAAGAAAUAGAUCAAGAAGUACUACUCGCAGUGCAUUUGGCAGUUGGAGUUGGACAUAUUAAUUCUUGUUGAUCCUGCUCAAAUAAUGGAAGUGCAACUUAUAGGAUACAUAGAUAGGCAUGUUUGUGGGUCCUUCUCGACAAUGCUACAGGUUUUUGCAUGACAAUUGAAGACCGAUAAUCAAACCUCUUGUUCGUCCUCCCUCUGUUGUUCCUGUCCUCCUUUCAUUCCCCUCCCAGAAGCUGACGCAGGUUGAGUUUGAGCCGCUUUCUGAAAAGAAGGCACGAAUGGCACCGCCGCCUAUAAUGCCACCGCAACAGCUACAGUUACCGUCCCCGACUGUGGCAGCACCAUCUCCCGGAGGACAGGCACCGCGACCAGCUAGCAACUACCGUCUCCCACCACUCGUCGGAACGGGUGAUAAUUAUGGUCACUAAAAAAGUUGUAAAGUGUAGUUGUUGAUGUUGAGCAGAGCAGUAUCUACUCUGUAAAUAGGGUACUUUUGAAGUGUUGUUGAUGUUGAGCAGAGACAUAAAAAUCAAUGGUGGAUUUUCUAAUGCCAAAAGCGUGAGGAACUCCUUCAGAAGAUUCAGAGUGGGGAGAUCGUUCAGCCUUUGCUUAAAGGCAUGAAACGGAUGGAGCCGAAAAUAUACGAGCGCAUUCGAAGAGGGCUCACGGAGACGUUCUGCUACUUCGCCCGCUCAGACGUGAACUAUGAUCCCUACCAAACCCCACGAUGGAUUUCCGCAAGACAGUGGCAUAUGUUUUUAAGGCUCAAAUAUCUUGUCUAGGAACUACAAAAUAUUUUGUCUAGGAACUACAAGUCUAGAAGACGAAUAUUACCACCAUAAUCUGAAGUAGAGCGGCAGGAGUAAUGUCGUUCGCUUCCUCUCCCCGCUUAUACUCAGAAAGACCGAGAAGUAGAGGAAUUCACCUAUAUCAUUGCGCACGAGGAGCGUCGGUUAUACAGUUAGGGAUGCACCUUAGUCCCUCUAAUCUUAGUGCGAUGCUUCGAGUUGCCUUCGAUUACAGGUAUCUCGUACGAAGAUCUAUGCCGCGCUUCAGGAAGUGGAGGGUUUGGUUAUGCCUAAAGCUAAGUUUUACUUAUCGAUUUCAUCAUUUCGAUGACGACUUUCCACGUCAUCAUGGAGAAUAAAUACUUCGUGCGGCUGCUGCAGGAGAUCGGAGUUCUGGCUCUAAUUGACAUACUUUUUUGCUUGAUAAUGUGUAAGGAUUUUGGGCUACUUCUUCGGUUUCAGUCGUCAUUAUUGCGACUGUUCUAGAUCUUGGAUGAUUCCACUAUAAACAACAGAACUGCAGCACUCUACAUGCUGCAAGUAAAAAAACCAUCUAACGAAUCCCAUCCAAAGAGCCGAUUGAGUUCGUGGACUUCAUGUCUCUGGUCUCAGAUAUCGGCCGAAGGACAUUGGAGCAGCUGCAUCGCAAAUCCUUCGAUGAGAUCAACGUCUACAGUGAGGAAGCGAAAACAGUGUCGCUUUAUCGAUUUACUGAGGUAAAAAAGUAGUUUUUUCAUACAUAGAAGAGUGUUGCUCAUCUACCGAUUCAGUCUGAGGUAAUAUGGUGCAGUUCUGUUCUUGAGCCAUGGUUAGGUUCAAUGCCAAGAUUAUCAGGGAACAUUGACAUGUUCUUGCCAAGAAAUUAUCACUAACAAUUUUUGCAGCUAGGUCCGGUAUUAUGCUCAGUCAUCGACUCAAACGCAACAUUACACUCGCAUACAGAUCUUCGGAUUCCACGACGCGAAGAACAGCUUUCGCCAAUUUUUGCGAGGUCGUGAGAAAAUUCGCUACAAGUCUCGCAGCAAGGCGUCACCAGGUGGAGCACAGGCAGUAACUCACUUGUUAAGGGUAGUAUAAAGGCAAGAUCAAGAAUAUUUUAGUAGAGGACAAUGUAGUUCUUCCAAUGAUGUUAUUGUAUCAGAGAUUACACAGCACUUCUAAGCCCUCCACUUCUAAGCCCUGUCCCUACCAGUAGCAGGCCUAAACCAAGUGUAGAGUCUUCUGCUUUCCCGACUGCGCUACCUCCACGUCCGCCACCAGUGGAUACGAGAGGUCGGAAGAAGGCGCCGCAUAGUCGCGUCUUCACGGGAAGAAGUCCUGCGCGUGGCGAAAAUAUCAUGCCGGCGGGAGAACAAUUAUGCUUGAAGUUUUUUGAAGGGGUCGAUCUUUGGUGCAAUAUUACAUAAAAGAAGCUGAGAAUGUUUGUCUUGUUGUCCUUUGUUCGUUGGUCAAGAGAGCUACCUGAGUGAUUUGGAUCACUCCUUUCUCCAUGAUGAUCACAAAGUUUCUUGGUCUGAGAGUCGCUUUCUUGAUUAGAAAAAUUUGAAUUUUCUAAUCCCUCCUGCUGCAACACGAGAUCCACAUGCUUUUCCAAAGCCCUUGCAGUUACCGGUCGGCCAGUCCGCGGUCUCGGCAGCAUUGAGUAAUAUGAACAAUACCAACACCUCCGGAUCGCAGCCUACGUUUGCAGUCAAUAGUAGUCGAGGAGGUGCUCCGAAUGCAGCUCCUGUGAGUGGCCCGCUUAUGGCCCGCUUAUUGUAAAUGGGACAAAGACAUCAAUACCAUCGCUCAAGGCUGCAGAUCUUCUCUCAUGUCGGUUGUUCUCAAAGCGAGUAUACUGUCUUCCAGUGUAUUCAAAGUACUUCUUUCUUGAGAUGUUAGUUCUAACCCAUCUGCUCCAGCUGCGCCAUUUGGUCUCAAUGAUAUGAGCAACGUGAGUCCAGCAAUGAAUCCUGCGAUGAUGGCUGGACUUUUCCAAAAUCCAGUUGCCGCACCGUCAUUUCUUACUGGGAAUUUGACGUCCGCUAAUGCCCCAGCGAGCAACAAUCAGCCGAUGCCAUCUUAUGAUACUAGUAGCUGCAAUUGGAAUAGUUGAAGUUAUCCGGAGUUGUAGUAGCAUUAGUAGUAAGUUGGUGAUAGUUUGACACUCAUACAAGAAGCUUGGCAUUACUAGCCCCAUCGAAAGUUUCGGAAUACUGAUCUGGGCAACCUAUCAUACCACUCAUACAACAACCCAUCAGGUUUUACGGUCUGUAGUUUCUCAAAGUCGAUAUUGUAUACGCUGCUAACUUGUGAUACAAUUCCACUUCCCAUGACUUUCUUGUGAUUACGUUAUGUAUUCCUCAACACGGUGCUUUCUUAUUUCCACCACCACUUUGCCCUUCAUUAUUGUUCUCUACCACAUCAACAUCCUUCAUACCGAGAUGCUGAACCAGAAUCGCCCAUCCGCAUUGAUGCACCAGUUGUAUCAGGCCCAGCAGGAAGAGAUCGUCCGUAACCUGAUUCAGCAGCAACAGCAAAUCUCUGCUUUGGGUAAGAAGCAGAGUGAGGCGUUAUCUCCAAAAGGGGCUUCUUUUAUGGAAAUUACAGGGCGUAGCUUUCUUUGAUUAGACAAUUGUUAGUUUCUUGACAUUCUAAGGCCAACGACAUUGUUCUUAUUGUUCAUCAACAAGGUCAAAGUAGAAGUAGUUCGACCAUCUUCAGCAUGGAGAUAUCGUACUUCCAGAGUAUCUAUCGUUUCUUUUCAAAGAGUACUUAUACAGUAUUUUGGUACUUUCUUUGGGCCCGACAAGCACUCAUGUAAGUGAUGACUACACCCUAUCAAUCUAAUGUCCCCAAGAUACGGCACUCAUUUACAGAAUCUUCUAUGUUGUCCUUCCCAUAACAAGGACUCACUUACAUCCCUAUCCCUUUCCUCUUCAUCUGCCUACGCACAGUAGCGCUGCAGGAUGCGAGCUCGUUAGUGGAGCCUGUAGCACAGCAACUCCUUAGCCUCAAAGACGGGGACUACAGUUUCGUUGUCAAGCCACAGGAUAGACAAUUACGAAAUGAUAUACAAGUUAAAGAGUGGUGGAUCUGCAUACUGGUGAAAAGGAGAAGAUCGUGAGUGAUAUUUCGAUUGAUAGAAGGCAUCCUCACGUUAGAAGGACAUGCAGAUGCACAUCUAUAACUCAACAAACACAAGUAGUUUUUCCCCGUCUAAGACAUCAAGCGAACACGACUGCUUCUCGGGUAGCAGGCGGUCCUGCCGUCGCUGGUGCAGCAGCGAAUACUCAUGUAAGUUUAUGGCUAUAGAUUGAUGAUAUUCUCAUAAGGAAUUCACUGAUAGCUUGAGUGAGCAUCUUAGGCGAACUCAGAAGACGAUGCACUUGACCUACUUGAUCCAUUUUUGUAAAGUUGAACAAUUGACUGCAUUUCGUUGUUCCACAAAGUGCCUAAAGAUCCUUUCGUCUAAUGCAAGAUAAGCCUGCUUUCCCAAGUGUCGGACAGCAGCCAAAUGCAGCACGUGGAAACGCUGAAGGAUGGGACGACGAUUAAGAAGAGUCGAGAGCGUUUUGCAAUGACCAAAGUUUGGUCGUGUCUGUAGUGUUUACUUAACAUUUCAGGUGCUUAGCAAGGACCAUGCAGAUUCAGGUAGCUAGUAGUUGUUGUUCCGGUUAUAUUCGUCCAGAAAGAACUUUUCUGUCUGAUACAUUGAUACCUUCUAACAAAGGGAAACAAGAAUCAAGCACGAAAAGGAAAAUUACUACGUUGGCGAAGAUGGGUAUUGGUACUACUAUGAUCCGGCUACUGGUGAAAGUACGUACGUCGAGGCCUCUGACGUCCCAGCUGAACUACAGGAUAAUGCUGCUGGGGCCGGUGCUGGUACUGCUUGAUUGCAUGAAUUACUAGACUCAACGAUACUAAUAUUUGUGUGUGUUUUGAUAAGUGGUUCUUCGUUCCAUCCAAUUCGAAUUGCAUACAUCAACAUGAAGUCUUUUCCUUGUUCUAUCACAAUCUAUCAGCUGCCGCUGCCGAGGAGUGGCCUGAUGAGGGUGAGUGGGCCCCGGAGGAUGGGGCUUGGGACGAAGGCAAUGGGGGAGAGCAAAAUGAAGGCAACGGGGGAGAGCAAAAUGCCGUGUGGCCCACUGAAGCUGAAGGGGGUGAGUGGACAGAAGGCAAUGCAGAAGGAGAAUGGGAUGAAAAUUGGGCGGAGGGAGAAGCUUGGCCUGAGGAGGGUAAUGGCGAGAACUGGAAUGAAGCAGAUGCUGGCGCAGAAGCUGCGAUAGUUAUGAAGUAGGGAGAUCAUGUAAAGCUAGAGAUCAUCAGGAAAGUUGGCAACAGGGACAUAUGCAUGCAGAGCUAGGGACUCUCUGAGAUAUUGAAAUAUUGAAACUCACCAAUUUUUACUGGAAGUGGAAGUGCUGGGCAUCUACAACUAUAUCUGAGUAGAAAAAUCAAUUUCAGGAAUUCUCUUCGACUUCGAAGGUAAUCUUCUAGUAGUAAAUUCUGUCAGGACAAAUGUGCAGACGAAGUAGAGUACUCUUUCUGAGGCUUAGGCAUUCAUCUUCGUCAUUGUCUAGUAAAGUCUAAGAAAAAGUAUGACGCAGAAGGUGGCUACUACGACGAACAGGGUGGUUAUACUGACGCAGCGGGCAACUACUACGAUGCGGAUGGCAAUGUUUAUCCCGCAGGAAGUGGCGAAGCCUAAAGUUUAAGUAAUUCAAAAAAAAGAGGACAGCCAUAGCACUUUGAAAUCUUUCCUCACUCUCUCGCGAAGGAAAAGAACUUAAGCUUCCUGCCCUAAUAACUUAAACAUUUAUUUACUUUGUAGUAUUUUUCUUCACAGAUGAUGUUUUUACGUAUAAAGAUUUCAUCCAGUCUUUUCAGGUAUUUGAUGCAUAGAUUCGCGAGAAUAUUAGAUUGAUUAUACCAACUAUGAAUGUUUGUUUGUGAUGAUUCUUUCUUCAUGUUUUCAAGUUUGACCGCACUACAACAAGAUCCAACACCCUAGUACAAUGCACGACGACAUCAAGGAAAGUCUCAAAUAUGGUUUCAAAGACCGAAGAACGUCGCUUGACAGUCAUUUCGAUUUUAUUCAAUCACAAGAUUCGAUUGAUUCUAGUAUUCUUUCACGCAGUUGGUAAGAAACUAGUGGUAGUGUUUUUUGUGAUGUGUGAUAUAUGAUUGUUCUUAUAAAUAUUCCUACAAAUUGACGUAGUAGCAGAAAAAUCAAAAGAGUAGAGUUACACUUACUCUUCCCCAUUAAGGCUCGUGCAUACAUUAUGAAUAGAAGGACUGAGCAUUGAAAAUUGUUCACCCAAUUGUGACGCACGCGCAACACUUGUAUAGUGCUCAUCCUCUGUGAAUCAGAUAUUUGAAGAUUCCACUCAGUCAGCCAC